AUGGGAGCUGAAAUUUUUGAGGUGAAUGUCUUGCCUAAAGAGGAAGCAUGGCAUCUUUUUAAAGAGGUUGCAGAAAUUUCUGAUGAUUCUGCUUUGAGUGGUGUUGCAAAGCAAGUUGCAGAGGAAUGCAAAGGUCUACCUCUUGCAAUCGUUGUUGUUGCCCGGGCAUUAAAGGGCAAUCAUACUCCAGAAUCCUGGGAUCGUGCCCUUCGGCAACUAAAAGAGUACACAAUUAGAGAACUAGAAGGAGAUGAAGAUUUAGUGUUUUCAAGAAUUAAGUUUAGUUAUGACUAUUUAAAAAGCGCUGAAGCUAAGUCAUUACUUUUGCUUUGCAGUUUGUUUCCAGAGGAUUAUAGUAUUCCAAUCGAAUGUUUGGUUAGGUAUGGUAAAGGGCUAGAAUUGUUCCCAGAUAGACGGAGGUUAGUAGAUGUAAGAGACAAGGUAGACACGCUUAUUGGUCACCUGAAAAGCUCCUAUUUGUUGCUAAAUGAUGUUGAAAAAGAAGACUCUGUAAAAUUGCACGAUGUCGUGCGAGAUGUGUGCUUGUCAAUUGCAUCAAAAGCAGAGCAUGAGUUUUUAGUGAGCAAUUCUGGAGUGGGAGAAAAGAAUUCUUACACGGCAAUUUCACUAAUAUUGCAAGAUUCCAAUCAUGAUCUACUUCCAUUUUGCAAGGAAUAUCCAAGGCUUAGGUUGUUGCGUUUGGUAGUCCAAUCAGGGGAACUCAACCUAUCAGAAGACUCUUUUGUAGGAAUGGAAGCUCUCAGGGUCAUGGAAUUAAACAACUCGUCUAUUGAAUUUCCACUGUCAUGGCCUGGCCAAAUGUUAAGGAGCCUUCAAACACUGUGUCUGGAUUAUUGUGUAUUGGGCACUGGAAUGUCGUCAAUGCUUGGACACAUGAUGCAACUGGAAACUUUGAGCCUCUUUCAAUCCAAAAUUCUGGAUGAUCGGUUUCCAGCUGAAAUUGCUCAGUUGAGUAAUUUAAAGUUGUUGGAUUUGAGGGUCAAAAGUAGCCUCCAUCCUUUGCCUAGUGGUAUCUUGUCAAGUUUGAAGAAACUAGAAGAAUUGUAUUUGGGAUCUGGUGAUCAUUUGCAGCUAGGGAGAGAUAAAGAAGAGGAAAUAGGAUGCCUUAAAGAGAUCUCAGCAAUCUCUAACCUUGCAUGUCUCCAAAUUGCUUUGUACGACCUUAGCCUCCUACUUCUAUCUUUGCAAGAAUUUGAUACUCGGAGGUUGUCAAGAUUUCACAUUGCAGUAGCUAAUUACAGAAGAGAAAUGAUAGAUCCCAACAAAAACUAUCAAUUUCGGAGAAGCUUCGAGGUUUAUCUAUCAGAUCAUGGUGAUAAAGGGUUGAAACAACUUUUUGACCCCAAUGUUACUAGCAUUGUUAAGAGAACUGAGAAUCUCACUUUAAAUCUUUCUGAAUCAUCAUGCUUGAGGAAUCUUGUGCCUGACUUGGGUGAAGACGAGUUCAUCAAUUUGAAAAGGCUUUAUUUGUACGAUGGACAAUAUGAAUGCCUUGUUGAUUCUACUGCCAACCUUGUUGCCCGACAUGUUUUUGAAAAUUUGGUGUCCAUGGAGUUAAUAAAUUUGGAGUUGAAAGAAAUAUGUAAGGGAUUGCUUCCACUUGGGUGCUUCAAUCAACUUCAAGAGGUGAGGCUUUAUAGAAUAAGUCCUUUAGAGUGCUUGUGGAAGGGAUCAGUCAAACCUCCGUCACUUUGCAACCUCAGGUCUAUUGAAGUAGGCAGUUGUUAUCAAAUUACAACUCUCUUCUCACAAUCAGCACUGAAAUGUCUAGUGAAACUCCAAAGUAUAGACGUAUCUUUUUGUAACCAGUUGGAGAGAAUUGUUUUGAGGGAUGAAAGUCUGACAGAGGAGGUGCUUGAGCUACCCCAACUCAAAGCGUUAACCUUAUGCAUGACAUACUUUAUUGGUUUUGGCUCUAAAGAUGAUAAAGCUGUGGCUUUCUUUGACCAGGUUUCACUGCCCCGCCUGGAAGUACUAUCUAUUAUUGGACCUGGUGAUGGAUCCAAACAACUAAUAGGAGGGAAAAUGCCUAGUGGGCCCCUCGACAACUUAAAAUCCGUGAAUCUUUGGGAAUGUCGCUCUAUCCGAUGCAUUGCCAAAGGUGAUACGGUUGCAUUAUUACAAAACUUGCAAGCACUUGACAUGUGGAUUUGUACUGGGAUGGAAUCCUUUUUCAACUUUGAGGGUCUAAAAGUUCCAAAUACUCCAUCAGAAAAGGCACUUGAAAUUCUUCCCAAACUAGAGUCACUGUACUUGCGUGACUGUCGAAGAUUAACCCAUAUUUGGAGGAAUUUUCCUAAAGGGGUUCGAGUAUUCCAAAACUUGAGAAGUCUAACUGUGAGCAUCUGCCCUUUAAACUAUUUGUUUCAUCCUCCUAGUGUGGCCACCAUGCUCAUAAGUCUUGAGGGACUGGAAGUUGAUAGGUGCUCAGAAAUGUGUGAAGUUAUAGGUAAGGAAGAUGAAGAGAUCAGCCAAGAAGAUAAUGCUCAGCAACAUGAUGUUGGAAAACAUAGAGAAAUUGCACUGGGAAGAACUAGCAAGGAGUUCGUGUUUCCUAAAUUAAGCUCUUUGGAGUUGAAAGCACUUGAGAAUCUUCGAAGUUUUGGUGGUAGUCACCGGGAGGAUUAUGAGUUUAAAUUUCCCCUACUCACUGAGUUGAUCAUAGUGAGUUGCCCAAAGUUGAAGAAAUUUUGUUCCGGAAAGUUGAAUGCACCAUUGCUUAAGAAAAUCCAAACAACACCUAGAGAUAUAAAGGAUUUUGAAGCUCCUGUGGAUUUAAAGGUACUAAUAUCCUAA